AUGGAGGAAGAUAAUCUACUUGCUAAUAACUUUGGAACAACUCCAGACGAACUAAUGUAACAAUUACUCAGCACACUUUUCGAUACUCAUGCAAUCCACGACGGUCAAAGCUUAAAAAAUCUCAAUAGGCUCGGCGGUAUUGACUGGCUAUGCAAUGCAUUAUGCACAAGUGAGAAAUCUGGUUUAAUAUGCACUGAAUAUGACAUACAAUGUCGUCAAAAAACGUAAUUACUAUUCAGCUUUGGGGAUAACAAACCAUAUAUGCAGCCACCUACAUCUAUAUGAAAAAUCAUAUGUGACCAAUUUAAAAAUUUCGUUAUACAGCUUUUACUAUUUGCAGGUAUAGUAUCCCUCGCAAUAGGCUUGGUUGAAGAUUCAAGUGAAGGGUGAUAUGAAGGCUGUGCCAUUUUUAUAUCAAUUUUCAUAGUUAUCACUGUUUUCACUGUUCAAGACUAUUUUAAAGAGCUACAAUUCAGAAGGCUAAAUUCAGACACCAAAAGGCAUUAUGUAAAUGUCGUAAGAAAUGACGAAUUAGAAGAAACCUGGGUUAAUGAUUUGGUUGUUGGGGAUUUAAUGUACUUAAACCCAGGAGACAUUGCCCCUGCUGAUGGGAUUUUAGUGAGAUCUUAUGGAGUUACUGUAGACGAAAGUGCACUGACUGGAGAGAGCAAGACAAUUGAAAAAGGAGCUGACGACCCAUUUAUCAUAUCUGGAUCGUCUGUAGUUGAAGGGACUGGAGAAAUGAUUGUUUGUUGUGUAGGCAAAAAUUCCACCCUUGGCAAACAUCACAAACUUAUUCUACAACAGUAUUCAGAUGAGGCUACCCCACUAGAAGACAAAUUAGCCCAAAUUGGCGUCCACAUCGGGAUUGUUGGAGCUAUUGCAGCAAUUAUGAUUUUUAUUGCUUUAUCAGCAUUUAUCCUUUCAGACAUAAUUGAAGCUGGAACCUGGGAUUCUGAAAGCACAGAAAAAAUGUUCACUGCUUUUAUUUUCGCAAUUACUAUAUUAGUUGUAGUAAUUCCAGAAGGCCUUCCACUAGCUGUCACAUUAAGCUUAGCAUUCUCUAUGAGAAAAAUGAAAGAAGAAAAUAUCUUCGUCAAACAUCUAAAAGCAUGUGAGACCAUGGGAGGCUGCCAAGAGCUGCUGAUUGACAAAACAGGCACUUUAACCAAAAAUGAGAUGAAGGUUGUUAAAGUUCUGAUUGGGCUGAAAAAGACCAAUACAAGAGUCCCUGAAGUCGAUCCUGAGGUCAUCAAAAUCUUGGCAAUUGCUGUCUCAAGAAACACUACGGCCGAUGUCCACUCUGUAGAUGGGAAUAUCGAAAAGGCUGGAAACAGAACUGAGUGCGCUUUGCUUAUGUUUCUAAUGCAUUGGGGGCUGAAUUAUCAUCAAUAUAGAAACAUGAAAACGCAAGUCAUGCAGGUACCUUUUAAUUCACUCGUAAAAAUGAUGAGCACUUUUAACGUAGAUAACCCGGAAGAAUCAGCUUUAUAUGUAAAAGGAGCCCCAGAAAGGAUUAUGAGACGCUGCUCACACAUGCUAAACUCUGAUGGAAGUAUCAUAGAAAUUACUUCAGAAGAGAAAGAAAAAGUUAAGGAGAAAUUAAUGUUGUGGUCACAAAAAUCGUUGAGAACUAUUGCUGUCGCUUAUAAAGCUGGCUCUGUAAAGGAGCUAGGACUUAAUGACAAUCCUAAUAAAGAUGAAAUGGAUAACGCCGCUAACGGUAUGAUACUUGUUGCUAUUUUUGGUAUAGAAGACCCUGUGAGGCCAGAAGCAAAAGAAGCCAUAGAAACUUUAAGAAAAACUGGAGUGACUGUCAGAAUUAUUACUGGGGAUAACCCAGAUAUAGCCUCAAGAAUAGGGAAACAUUGCAGCAUCCUUCCUUCAGACUAUGACUAUAAGCCUGAAAAUGACACAAUUAUAUUAGGCAAAGAUUUUGAUAUAUUAGAUUAGAUUAGUUAAAAUUAUAGCGGAUCGUAGGGGUUUAUUUCAGCCCCUCUCCGUCCAAUGGAUAGCUUUGCGUUGGUGUUAAGCGCUAUCCUCACACCACCUUUUUGCUUCUGACGUCACCAAAAAAUGGUGGCAUUUAGGUCUAGCGGGGAGAUAUCCCUACCGAUCGGCAUCAUCUUCCUUGAUCACAAAAUUCAGCAAAAGACUUCCUUAGCCUCUGACAGGGCUCAGAGUAUAGUUGAAUUGUCUCUUGCCCCUUUAUGGCCUGUUAGAGCCUUAUUGCGGUUCGAAAAUUUCUCCCAUAGAGUAGUAUAGGAACUUUGCGCCGGUAGGGACUCUGCAGGUAAGGAAAAAAGAUCUAAAAUCAGCCCCUAGAUCAAAAAUCCACCCCGGAGAACUAUCGCUAUGUGGCUCCCCUUUCCUGGGCCCGGACCAACUCACGAGUCACCAGGAGUUCACGUCAGAUCACGCCCUUUUAAUAAUUCUGAUUUUGAUAGAAGAACUGGAGGACUCAUAGUAAAAGAAGGAAAGGACGAAAUUAGCUACGCAAUAGGCAAUGAGCAAGAAUUCAAGAAAAUUGAAGAGCAUUUGAGGAUUUUGGCUAGAUGCAGUCCACAGGAUAAGUUGCUUUUAACUAUUGGCAUGAGAGGACUUGGGAGAAUUGUAGCUGUCACUGGAGAUGGGACUAAUGAUGCAGCCGCCUUGCAGAGAGCAGAUAUUGGAAUAGCUAUGAUGACUGCAACUCCUAUGGCUAAGGAGGCGUCUGAUAUCAUUUUGCUGGAUGAUAAUAUCCAAAGUAUUGUCACAGCAAUUAAGUGGGGUAGAAAUAUUUAUUUCAAUAUUAGGCGGUAUUUGCAAUUUCAAUUGACUGUAAAUACUGUCGCUUUGAUGCUCUGCUUGAUAGGAGCUAUUACUGUAGAAAGUUCUCCUUUAACUGCAGUACAAAUGCUCUGGGUUAAUUUAAUGAUGGAUUCUUUGGCAGCCUUAGCCUUAGCGACACAAGAUCCUGAUAAUAAAGUACUUGACUCAGCUCCAUAUGGGAAAAAUGAGUACAUUCUGUCACCUUGAAUUAUUGCAAAUAUAAUUAUUCAGUCAGUUUAUCAAGUGACUGUAGUAGUCGUUGUGCUUUUCUGGGGUCCAGCUAUUUUUGGCGUUGACGCUGGAUGGGACUCUGAUUGGCCUGAAGAAGAAUCUGAGCACUAUACUCUUUGUUUCAAUAUUUUUGUAAUGCUACAGCUAUUCAAUCAGAUUAACUGUAGAAAAAUUAGACCAGAGGAGUACAAUGUCUUCGCAGGGAUUUUCAAUAAUUGGCAAUUUUUAACGAUUUUGUCUAUUGAAUUUGUAUGUCAAAUAUUGUUGGUACAGAAAGGUGGAGAUUUUAUGAACACAGAGCCUUUGAGCAUAGAGCAACUUGUGAUUUGCAUUUUAAUAGGAUCUACUACUCUACUAGUGACACUGAUGUUUAAGAUAGGAGUAACCAAAUAUUAUAUGCCAAGAUAUAAUGAACAAAAAUCAGUUUAG